GCGUGUCGGUGCGCCGGGUCAGGGGUCAGUCCGCAAGAUGGCGGCGGCGGUGGCCUUCUGCCGGCUGCUGGGCCGGAGCGGCACGGCGGCGCUGAACCCGCCCCGGGGCGCCAGGUGUUGGGCGGUGCGGACGUCGCCGACCGGCGAGAAGAUUACGCACACCGGGCAGGUCUAUGAUGAUAAAGACUACAGGAAAAUUCGGUUUGUGGGUCGUCAGAAGGAGGUGAAUGAAAACUUUGCCAUUGAUUUGAUAGCUGAGCAGCCCGUGAGUGAAGUUGGAGAUCGUGUGAUCGCGUGUGACGGCGGCGGGGGGGCUCUCGGCCACCCGAAAGUGUACAUAAACCUGGACAAGGAGACAAAGACGGGGACAUGCGGUUACUGUGGCCUGCAGUCCAGACAGCAGCACUAGCAUGACGUGCGUCGUCGUCCCAGGGGCCGUGCAUACGGGCUGCUCGGCGUGAACAUACAACAGAGCCUCCUGCUGGUGCCGAAUAAACGGUGUUGUCAUCACGGA